AUGCAUUGGUUGAGCUGCGCGUGUAAAGACGACGGAAUUGCGUCGCGCGUGCGCGUAAACGGCGCGUGCGCGGUGACGAAGGCGCGAGGGAUUGAAGCCGUGCGUCCGCUUGCGCCUGGUGAGGUGAUAUUUUCGAUUCCGUACUCGCUGGUGAUGGAAACGAGGUUGGCGUCGGAUGCGAGCGAGGCUGACGGUCGAGGCGAAGCGUGGUCGAGCGCGAUGGCGAUGGAUAUUCUCGAGCUCAAGCGUGAUUGUGACGGUGCUGGGGCGAGUCGACGACGAUGGUUGGAAGAACUUCCGUGUCCGGCGCCGAGCACGCCGGCGAUGGACUUUAAUGAGGAGGAAUUGGCGAUGAUUGAAGACGAGCGCGUGCGAGCCGAAGCGAUUCGCGUUCGCACGGCGCACGAACGGGAUGUCGUCACAUACGCCGAUAGGUUGGCGCACAUCGGCGCAAGUGCGGAUGAUUUUAGGGAAGCUCGCAACGUCGUGCACUCGCGAGUCUUCGCGCGAAGAGAUGGGGAUUGCGUGUCAAAAUUGCUCGUACCGGGAGUCGACAUGGUGAAUCAUUCGUCGACGCUCGCGAACGCCAUCGUGCGCGUGGUGACGAGUCCCGAGAACUGCCAAGGUCGUGCGGCGACGGAAGAAAUCGCCGAUGUGUCGUCGAGCUCAUCUGCCGCGUGCGAUGUCGUUACAGAGGACAAGUAUUUCCAGCUCGUCGUCGAUCCAGACGGAGAAACGAUUGACUGCGGCGACGAAGUGCUCAUUUCAUACGGUGCCUUCCCGAACGAUCCUUUCUUAAUGUACUUUGGUUUCGUGCCCGAUGACAAUCCAAACGAUACGGUGAUACUAUUCGACGACGUCGACGAGCUGUUCGAAUUCAUCGAACGUGACGAGACGUUGGCGGCGAAGGCACUUCGCAUGGACGACGACGCGAAAUCUCGAGCUCGAGCGGUGAGCCCAUCCGCACUGUCGUGCACAAUCGACGCUGUGGAUGGCGCAUUAAUCCAAAUCUGUGACGGCAUUAUUCAAAUACCAUGGCUCGACGUCGUACGCGCGCGUUGCCGGAAUAUAUUAACCGGCGGCCGAUUUUCCACCAAAAUCGCCGAAGACGUCGCGCUCGCGCGCUCAAACACACUCUCCCCGAACGCCGCGCUCGCGCUGGCGUUCCGAUUGCACAAAAAAGCCAUCUUAAUCGCCCCGCUCGGGCAAUCUCUGGCGCAAUACGAACCAACCGCGUAG